UUACGACGGCCACAGAUCAAAGUUCAUCAUCCAAGCACUUGUCUCAUAGCCAUUCCAUGAGUGGUGAAAUCACAAUCAGAACAUCACUGUGAAGCGAGCUGGAAGAACGUGCAACUGUCUGUCUGGUUCAACGUUAUUCAACGAAAACGAAAGAGCCAAACGUACCUUGAAAUGGAGGUCCUCAGGCAUCUACGCCUGCUAACAAAGUUAACAAAUGUCCGCCAAGCAAGCAGUGAAGCGACUAGACCCUUGAAGGUCCUCACAAAACACUUUGACGAAGUUUCGAUUCCCGUGCCAUGGGGUCACAUCGCGGGUAAAUGGUAUGGGCCAAAGCACGUCCGUCCUAUUGUGGGAAUGCAUGGAUGGCAGGAUAAUGCCGGAACAUUUGACACCCUCGCCCCGUUGCUCCCCAACCAUAUCUCCUUUCUAAGCAUCGAUAUGCCUGGCCACGGAUUGUCUUCGUGGCUACCGCCAGGAAUAUCCUACCACUCCAUUGACUACGUCCUCGUCACUCGUCGACUUAUGGAAGAGUACAACUGGGAUAAGAUAUCCAUGAUGGCUCACUCAAUGAGUUCCAUCAAUGGCUUUGUGUUCUGCGCUCUAUUUCCUGAGAAAGUGGAUAUGUUUAUUGGAUUGGACGUACUUAAACCGCCUGUUCGGAGUGCCCGUCACAUUGUAGAUGGAUUGAGCGAGCGACUGGAGGCUACAUUGAAACUAGAGCGACGCCUACGCAGCGGCUCCGAGCCGCCUUGCUAUGAAUGGGAUGAGUUGGAGAAGCGUCUCCACGAGGGAUCCAACAAAUCCGUUACACUGGAAUCUUGCAAGUACCUGCUGCAACGAAAUUGCAAAGCAUCUACCCACGAGCCACACAAGUAUUAUUUCUCCCGCGACAAUCGACUGAAGACCUCGCUUUUCUACACCCUUCACAACGAAGUGCCUCUGGAGAUGGCGAGUCGCAUCAAAUGCCCGCAUUUAUUCAUUAAAGCGUUGCAGGCCCCGUACUACGAACGAAAGGAGUACUACGAUGCUACCUUGGUGGAGCUACGGAAGAAUCCACUAUUCGAAUAUAACGAACUCGAUGGCACACAUCACGUUCAUCUCAACGAGCCAGAGAAAGUGGCUCCAAUCAUCAAUUCGUUUAUCAACAAGUACCGUCCCUUAUGAGAUCCCAUGGACUUGGAUAUCUAAAUAUCUGGAUGCCUGUACAUACUUUGGUAAUAGACCGAGCCCAGCAGAGACUAGAGAAAACCUCUUACGUUUACAGUUUUCCGUUGAUAUUGAUUGAAGGAUAUUUGAGACGCAAACCAAUCUUAGAUUGGGAUCCCCCAUUGAUGACCAUUUGGUUGCUUCUAUUUAAUUUAUUAUGUACAAUCGAUACCGGCAAUAACAUUAAAGUUAAAGACUAAAUUACAA